AUGGAAGGCUCAUCGGCCGAGGAUGCGCAGACGGCGGAGCCAGCUGCAGCGCGUGAGACAACUGUCGGUCGCGAAGUGGACCAGGAAUCCGAAGGCCGUCGUCAUCUUCAUGAAGUGCGUAUUCAAGAAGCGGUUCUGGAACCAGACAAUGCUGAGAGGUCAGGAGAAACGAUAGAGGGGCACGGAAGCCAGGGAAGCCACGCUGGGUCUCUUCCUCCUCUGGAGGGAGUGGAUCCAGCCUCUGGCGGGCAGCCUCCUCAGACGUUGGCUCCUGACAGCCUUGUGAGUGAAGAGACAGCUGGUCGGGGCAGAUCUGCAUCGACAGAAAGGCACCUUGAAGAUGUUGGCCAGGUGCAGAGAUCUUUGAACUUCAUGACGGGAUUGUUGACCUCACUGACGGUGCGGAUGAACAGGGUGGAACAGUGGCAGUCUGCCACGGGUUCCACAGCUGGCGGCGCUGCAAGCACGGCGAUGACUCCGGUGACACCGAGCGCUGGUGCCUUGGGAUGGGCGGACGUGGAUCGCCUCAACCAGCAGCUGGCGGAGCUGCGUGUGGGAACGGAAGCCGAGAGUGGUCCGGGAGUCGUGAUGAACCGGCCACUCGCUAGCACUACGAAGAUUUUUCAGGGCACCUUCAGCAGUGACAGCAGCGAGACAGCGAUGAAGCGCGCGGCUGAGGGACAGCGAGGUGUCCCAGGAGCUUUGAUGGGUCCUUUGGCUUUGGCGGAUCACCCGUUCACGCUGGAAGGGGACCCUAUGCAAGUCGACCAAGCGGGUGAUUCCUCUUCAAUGGGUUUGGCAAUGGAACAGACGGUGGAGUCUGUGAUGAAGGCACAGGCCUUGGCGGAUGAAGUUCGAAUGCGACACGACUAUGGAUGCAGCGGCGAUGCAGAGGCCCAGAACCGCGGCGGAACCUCAGAACACCUUGUCGAGCUUGGGGCCUACGGGAACUUUGUAUGUGGCCGGGAUCCGGGUGUGCAGGUAGGUGGUUUUGGUGGGGAGUUUGGACGCUACGUGGGGCCAGAGUAUGCUGAGUAUGCUCAGGGCUCUCCGAUAACAGUGGCAGAGCUGGCGGCGCCGAUGUCGGAGCUGAUCCUUUGGCAGCUGGGAAGACACAUCCACGACAUGAGGCGUGUGCCAGAGCAGGCGGCGGCGGCGGACUCGUCCGAUGAAGAGCAGUCCCAGCCUGGGGAGUCGGAUGAGGAUGUGGACGAGAGGAGGGAAAUCGCCUUCCAGAAUGCACUUGACGGCUGCGAGGGCCUGUAG